AUUUCGCGAAACUUUAAAACCAUUAAGCUAUAAAAACAAUGUUGGUGCCGAAGUUAGUACUAGUACCGGCAUAUGCGUAUUGUAGUUCCGUCUAAAAAUGUUAACGCGUUCGGAGAAGUUUGACAGUUGUUCGUGCGGGCAAUGGCGAUUUUUGUAUUUAAUAACUUUUAUAACCGUUUUAGCAUACUUCUACCUGUACCUUAAACGGAGACGAUUUCAAAAUAUUACUUCAAAUAUACCAACGGUUUUUGGAAUACCAUUUAUUGGAGUAGUAUAUAAAUUGAUACCCAUAAAACGGUUUUUGUAUGCAAUAAGUUCGUAUUUUGAAGAACUUAAUACUUCAACAUAUGCAGUGUGGCUCGGAAUAAGUCCAAUAAUUAUCACGAUAGAUCCAGAAAUAAUAAAGACAGUUACAUCGUCUGCGGAGUUUUUGAACAAAGCGGAAACGUUAUACGACCCUCUUGAUGGUGCUGUACCGGAAGGGAUCAUUACUAGCAAAGUUAAUAAAUGGAAACACAAUCGCAAAUUAAUGAAUGGGUUUUUCAACCACAAGGCGCUGAUGAGUUUUAUUCCUGUAUUUAACCGAGGCUCGAAUAUAGCUGUGAACCGUUUAAGAAAAAUGUCUGGUCGCGGCGAGCACAAAUUAUUUGAUCUCAUCAAACGUGUCAUACUGGAGGUAUCGAUAGAAACUACCAUGGGAAUCGAAAUGAAAGAAGGAUCCACGGAAAACAAGGAGCUGGUAGAAUCAUUUAGUAUCAUGAUGAACAGAAUUGCCAAAGUUGCAGUGUGUUCCACCAUGGGUCUCGGUUUCUUAGCACGCACUUCCAGUUAUUAUAAAUCAAUCCGUUUCCUACGAAAGUUUCUAAAUAAAUUAAUAGAACAGCAUACGGACAACAAUAACACUUCCCGUAAUAGUGAAACUUGGACAGAUGGCAAAGAAAGCAUGAGUUCAUUCUUGGAAAUCGCUCUGAAUUAUUGUGAACGGGGACAAUUACAAAGGGAGGAUGUUAUCAUCGAAUCAAUCAGUUUGAUUGGCGCGUCGUUCGAAACAGUUGCCACAUCAAUUUAUUCGGCUUUGUUAAUGUUAGCCAUGCAUCCGGAUGUACAAGAAAAUCUCUUUCAAGAAAUCUAUACGUUAUCUCCAGAAAAGAACAUGAAAGUUACCUACGAACAUCUGAAACAAGUUCCUUAUCUAGAUAUGGUCGUGGAGGAAACGUUACGUCUUAUGCCAUCCAUACCAGUUGUAGGACGGGAAACUAUUCACAAAACGAAAUUAACAUCUCAAAUGGUUUUGCCACCGAAAAUGCAAGUGAUAAUUCCUAUUUUUAGUUUGCAUCGUUCUAAAACUUGGUGGGGCCCCGAAGCUCACCUUUUCAAUCCUAAUAAUUUCUUACCAGAAAAUAUUGCCAAAAGACAUCCGUAUGCAUACAUGCCAUUCUCGAAAGGAGCCAGAAAUUGUGUUGGCUGGCGAUAUGCGGAAAUUGCAGUAAGAAUUUCUCUAAUCGCGCUCGUGCGGAAUCUCAAAUUCUCAACAUCUUUCAAAUACGAAGAUUUACAUUUUGUCGACCAUAUAAGUUUGUUGUAUGAUGUGGAGCCAAAUUUACAAGUAGAUUUAAGGGAAAUUUAA